UGAAAUGGCCGAAGUAGACGACGCGAGCGAGUGAAUUGUUUUUAUUGACAAUCAUGUAAAGUCAAGUCAAUCUGGGAUUAUUGAGUGAAAGGUCUGACAAUUCAUUGUUAUGUGAUUGAUGAAAUUUAAAAUUCAAUAGUUGGCCCAAGUCCCGCACCGAUUCUAAUCGAGUAUCCCUUAAAAUGGGACAGGGCACGGAAACUUGCGACAGGCCAACAGAAGUCAGUGUCAUCAGAUUCGUUUCCAGGAAUCGUACGAUAGAGGAAAUAACGCCGAAAAAGGAAAUCUAUACAUGCAAGCAACGAGGAUGUGGAAAAAUUUUUACUAAUCAAGAUGAAUAUCGAACUCACGAAGCUCUGGAAGCUUUGAAAAUAAAGUUCAUCUGUCGAGAACCAGGAUGUGGGGAAGAACUGUCUGACCCUGGAAGCAUGUGGCGUCAUUAUCAAGAAUGGCACAACAAUGAAACGCACGUUUUUGCUUGCCCUUAUACCAGCUGCGGAUCCCUCCAUGCCACCAGCAACAAUUUGGAGGAGCAUAUCGAUUCUUGCCAUCGCCAACCACCAACAUUACCAAUGGAGCCAGAAGUCAUAUGUCUCGAGGGGCCAGAAAGUAUCAUGGACGAUGAAAUCUCCAAGAGUGCUGAGCGAAUCUGCAACGAAAUUGACAACAGUGAGACUGCCAAUGAUAAUGGUCUAAAAAACGUUGAAUACUCAAUACAGAAUGAAAGUUUUUUUGUAAGGACAGAGGAUCAUUCCGGCGAUAUUGUGUCCUCAGAAUUUGAAGAGAAUCGAGAGUACUCUACAAGGACAAAUGAUUAUGACUCAUGUGUUCAAAAAUCUGAUUUCCCUCUGAAAUCUGGGGAAUUCUCACUUGAGCGUGAAUCGUCUAGACCUAACGAAUCGAAAUUUCCGAAAAAUGAAGAUUUGUUAAUAACACGUGAAAACUUUUUGUCCCAAUACGAAACUCUCACCUCAAAGGUCGACAAUUUAUUGGAUAGAGAAAAUGCUUUGGAUAAAAAUAUUCUGUUUGCCAAUAACGAAGUAACAAUCACAAAGAAUAUAAAAAACGAUGGCUCAUGUUCAAAACAGUACUCUCAGUCCCAUCGAAUAGACUUGGGUAAUUUAGAGAAAGUUUUUCGAAGUGGUUUCGAGUGCGACUCGCAGACAAUUGAGGAAAAUAUAACCGAAACAAACAGCAAUUGUUCUGAAGAUGAAGAGUAUAUGCCAAAGAAGCAACGAAUGUCUCGCAGUAAACAAGAAUCUUACAAGUGCGAGGUGUCUGGCUGUGGAAAAACGUACAAAUACGUGUCUCAUUAUCGGCAUCAUCAAGAUAGUCACAAGCUAGCUGUUAAUACCACUAGUAUAAAACCUGCCAAACCACCAAAGCCCAAACCAGGGAGAGCCUCUACUGUUAGCUUCUUUGUGUGUAAGAUGCCCGGUUGCGGUGCUGAAGUAAACAAUGUCACUGGUCUGUGGAAACAUUAUCAGGACAAUCAUGCUAAUGCAAAGCCACCUAUUGUUCCUACAUCUAAGAGCGUUGAAAUAUUUCGGUGCAAAUUUCUUGGGUGUGAAUUGGAAUUCAACACAACUUUAGCCCUCUACAAACACUUCAACGAGGUUCAUAACAGCAAUUUGAAUGGAAACGCUAAGACUGGAAAUGGGAGUAACUUGCACUUCACCAAUCAAAUGUUCCAUGACGAAGUUACUGCCCAGCAACUAAACUUUAAGACUGACUUUAAGGCCAACAUUAAGAUUAACUCGAAUGAUUGCGUUGAAAGCGACGAAGAUCAACCGUCGAUACAGACUGUCCAAGAAGAAUCUCGAGAUUGAUUCUUGUUGAUUUAGAGAAUACUACGAGUAGAGUUAAAUAUCUCAAAAUCUAAAAUUGAUUCAAACUUUCUUAAACAGGGCGCCAGUUCUAACCGAAAAAAGAAGCUUGAUACAUUUCAUACAAAAUCCUGAUUUACUUGGCUGAUAUUUUUCAUUCAUCUCAUUAGAGGGAUCUUUAUAUUCUGACUGCGAAAAUAUGCUCAACACGAUGUAGCAAUAAUCAAAUUUAUAAAAAAAGAUCCAAAAUUUUAAGCAAAUAUAUUUUAAAAUGAAAAAAAAACAAGGGAGCUGAUCUGGACUGGCCAAACUGGCGCUCUCUUUCAUACUCGGAGAGAAUUAUAAUCAUAACUAUGAUCUUUCCAUAUGCAUGUAAAUUAAUUAUUAUAGCAUACUCUAAAAGCUGGCUGAUAUUCAAAGUAUUAUACCGUGGCACGUAAAAUUUUUUGCCUUAUGGAUGUAGGUCAGGAUUUUCAGGGUGGCGUCCUGUUGAAUGAGAAAAUUGAGAUAGUUUGUCUCUGUUGUUCGCUUGUCCCAUUUUCUUUCUCAAAGGAGACUCACAGCUGUGACCUUUGUUUUACUUCGUCGCGUAGUAAUAUUUGGAAAUGUAGAUUUGAAAAAAUUCUAUGCACGACUCCAACAAAAACUUAAUGGUAGUGCAUAACAUUAACAUUCUCUAAGGUAACUCCGUACCUUCUAGAUUCUUAGGAUUGUAAGAAUGACGAUCAACAUGGUUCCUGUGACACGUUCUCAAUGUGUCAUUAUCAGCGCAAACUCGUGCCAGUUUAGUUGGGAAAUAUAUUAGAGCUUAAAACUCGACAUUGGUACCUCUUAAUAAGGGUCUUUCUUUUUUAUACAGUAGAUCGUAAAAUGGAAUGAGAAUUGUACAACAAGUGAUAAGUGUAUGAACUAAAGCUUUUACGAAAAUGUCUAUUUCAAUAAAUCGAAUCUUCAAUAUGAAUUUGACUGUCAAACGACAGAGUGACUAUUAACAAUCUGUCGUAUUUUCAAACUGUAAUCUGUACAUGUAAAAAUUUAAACGUAUUAUUAUUAUGAACGUACUGAUCUUGUGCAAUUUUAUUGACGUGGUUUCACUAUCCAUAUUGUAACAUUUGUCAGCAUUUGUGCAGAAUAUUGUUGAAUUAAGAGUAUUGUAUGACAUUUUUAUUGGUACGUAUGUAUGUUCGAAAAUAAAGGUGCAAUUAUAACUAUA